AAUUAUUUUAAGCGUGUAAAGCCCAGUAAAUUAUUAUUUUUCACUGGGGCGUCAUCAGCUCUCGCCCUGUAUCAAACAUCUGUUGCCUAAAAAGUGUCAAACAACAAGCCGGGUAGCAGCUAGAUUUAUGAUCGAACAUUUUUGACAAAUUUAUAAGCAAAUUGUUGAAAUUUGCUGUUUCGUGCAGCUUGAUCAAACGCGUGAAUAACCAAGCAAAAUGGAUUCUGCCGGCGCAAGAAUCUUGGAAAUACUCAACCUCCCGCCAAUGAUGCGCUGUCCUGAAUUGGGACUUCUCAUUGACCGAGCCAGCCUCAAAGAGCUUCAGGACAUCUACCCCCUGUUGAUUAACUCAAUAUUCGGAAUAAAUACCGGAAUCGGAUGGGGUUUCCGAACAAUGACACGAGAUACGCAUCCGCAUGAUUUCGAUAUACUCUACAACUUUUUCAUUCCCAUCGGGGGUCCAAUGUUUCGGCUGUGCUACCGGUUGCUGAACGAUUCAUUGAAAUAUGAGCUUCCCAUAUCCUAUCUUCCGCCUAAAAUGCAACAGUUGCUUGAGAGUGGUCGUUACCCUGCAUUUUACAGUGACAUCAUCAAUGUAGAUCCGUUUAGAAGGCAAAUCGUAUCACUUGCCUUAAAUGCGUUCGAUUAUUUUAUUUUCUUUUUCGUGCUGCAUGGAAUAGUUUCCCCGCAACAACUUUGCCCAGCUGCCCUAUCGCUCGGUAACGAAAAAGCCAAAACGUUGUACCUUAUUCUGACUGCAGAAUAUCUGUGCACAUUUUUGCCUAGCCACCCAGAUUCAAUUGUGCUGCCCCAAAUUGUAUGUGGCAGCAUUAAAGUGUCCUCGCCUGCCACUAUUCCGGUGAUGCAGCCAACAAAAUCACCAAAAUACCUGCUGAUGUCGGCGAUUCAUCAUCACACUCCCGCGACGGCUACGUCCCAUCAGCGCUCAACCAACAGCAGCUCGAUAGAAUCGUCUCGCGCUUACUGCUGGCGCUCGGAAACUGUGCUUUACGUUUUUAUCGACUGUUGGCUUCGGCUAGACGUGGAUGAUUCGCGAGAACUUCCGAGCAACGAGUUCAUCCGAUGUGUCCGGAUUCUUAUCAAACAGCUUCAUGCCUUUGGCAAUAGUUCAGAGAUGGACAACACAUCGAUGGCUCUUCUGCGGCAGUCGGCACAGCCACUCAUGAAUGCCAGAAUAUAUGGCUUUCUGAAAUCAUUGAUGGCUCGCUGGCCCUUGGACAGUUCGUUUUCGGAUGUGCUGGAGCUGUGGCUUAGUUACAUUCAACCGUGGCGGUACACUUUCAAUCGAGAUCUGAGUAACAGCGCCGAUAUGUCGAUUACGCCAAGGCAUGAAAGUUUUAUCGUUGACAAUUUGAUUGUGUACACCCAGAUUUUCGUUCAGUUGAUUCCACGAUUCGAGCGGAUGGAUUUGACCACACUCAGAAACGUGCUGAUGCUAUUCCGACUGCUAAAAGUAUUCAGUCAAAGCAAUUUGAUCGAUUUGCUGAACCAAAAUGAAAUCGUAAUGUCAUCGAAUAACAAUGCCAACCUUAACAAUUCAACAUUCAACGUUUCCGGGGCUUCCAAUCGCAGUAUGGGCAAUCUGAGCACAGGUCUAAACCGAUCCAGCGGUGAGUGGAAAUCGUUUAAUUCAAGCGGCGGUAGGCCUGGAACACCAGGAAAUCGAUCGACGGGGGAGGCAAACGAUGAUAGUUAUGUGUUCAUGUUUGGGGAGCAGUUUACCACAGAGAUUGAGGAACUGUUGAAAAAGAUUUACGUUUCCUCGUUGAUUGCGAGUGAAAAUUUAAGACACAUUCAACAGGAGAAGAGCAACCGGUACCAGGGGGUGCUCAAGUACGUGUAUAAAAUUGUUGGAUAUUUUGACUACGACCCUGUUUAUGCGGCGAUGCUCAACGAUCGGCAGAAAAUCCCAGAAAUUUUGGAUGUUGCACUGUCGUCACUCGCUAGAAUGUUUCAGAUCCCCCUCACCGAAGACCUAUUCCGAGGUGAAUCGAUGCAGAUUGACACCCCAUCGCUGACCGAGCAGUCAACCAACACGAUCUGGGAUACCACCCUGGAUUCGACACAUUCUUCCCAGUCCUUUUCCCUAUCGCCACAGCUUAUGAAACGUCGUAAAAACUUACUGUGCUAUACUGGUGACCCUGCGCUUCUCCCCAUAACCGGCACUGAGUUUACGUUCUUGGUUCGAUUUCUGCACCAGCUGUCGUGCAAGCUGAAUCUGAUGUUCGAUAGUGAAAUGGUCGACCUGUGGCAUCGGAACGAUAUUUGGGGUAAACUCAGUCGUCAGGUGUUAAGCCCUCCGAUAGUGACACAGACCUUCGAUAAGUCCCAGGGAGUUUGCGUGCUGAAGCAGGACACUUUGGGUCCUAGAAUUUGCCUUCGACUGCUGGCUUCCUACAAGUCAUCGUUUGUGAUACUAUGCUCGUUCCUGUUCGGUUAUUUGGUGUUCAACGCACCAAGCUACGGGUUCAUGUUGCUCGUGGCGAUAACGUUUAUUUAUUUGCUUAUCAAAUCGAUUGUUGGCGAUGUGACAACCGUUCGGAUGGAACCAAGGCAACUGGAUCGAACAGGUUAGUUCAAUUGUUUUGUAUCUUUUAAAAAAUAGCAUUUAUUUGAAUAAUUUUUUUAUUAUAAUAAAAAUAUUCGAGGAAAAAUUUUGCUAUGGUCAUGGAAA